UAUUUCGUUGGUUUGUGUUUUUCUUUCCUAUUUCCCUUUUAACGUUCAAGAGAAUACGUGCAAGAUGGGUAAGGUUAAGUGUACUGAUCUGAGGACAAAAGAUAAAAAUGAACUGCUCAAGCAGUUGGAAGAGCUCAAAACUGAGUUGACAAAUCUUCAAGUAUCAAAAGUUACUGGUGGUGCUGCUUCGAAACUUUCGAAAAUACGUGUGGUUAGAAAGGCAAUAGCUAGGGUAUACAUUAUUAUGCACCAGAAACAGAAAGAAAAUCUGCGUUUGUUGUACAAAAACCACAAGUAUAAACCUCUGGAUUUGAGGCCAAAAAAAACCAGAGCUAUUAGAAGAGCACUAACUCCUUAUCAAGCCAACAGAAAAACUCCAAAAGAAAUACGUAAACGAUCUGCCUUUCCACCAAGGAAGUAUGCUUUAAAGGUGUAAUUUGCAAGGUACUAACAGAAAAAAUAAAGGCUUUUUAAAAAUUCAAAA